AACCCCCCAUGUCUGUGGUGAAGUCGAUUGAAUUAGUGCUGCCCAAGGAUGCGGUCUACCUGGCCGGCUCCAGCAUAAAAGGGCAGGUGGUCCUAACCCUGAACAGUACCCUGGUGGACCCCAUAGUGAAGGUGGAGCUCGUGGGAAGAGGUUACGUGGAGUGGAAUGAAGAAACUGGAGCAUCCCGGGAUUAUAGCCGAGAUGUUAUUUGCAACAACAAAGCUGACUACGUGCACAAGACAAAGACAUUCCCAGUGGAGGAUAAUUGGUUAAGUGCAGGCAGCCACACCUUUGACUUCCAUUUCAACUUACCUCCCAGGCUCCCUUCUACCUUCACCAGCAAAAUCUGCCACGUCUUUUACUUCGUUCAGGCCUCCUGCAUGGGUCGGGAGCACAUUCUAGCCAAGAAGAGAAUGUACUUGUUGAUUCAAGGGACUUCGGAUUUCCACGCAGAAAACCCAUCGCAGAUUCCUCUGUUCGUGGAGGCUGAGAAGAAGAUCUCUUACAACUGCUGCAGCCAGGGCACCAUCUGCCUGCAAAUCCAAAUGGAAAAGAACACCUUCGUGCCGGGAGAGAGGGUCAUUUUCACCACGGAGAUCAACAACCAGACGAGCAAGUGCAUCAGGACAGUCAUCUUUGCCCUCUAUGCCCACGUGCAGUACGAGGGCUUCACGCCCAAGGCCGAGCGGCGCUCAAAGGUGGACAGCAGCGAGCUGCUUCGGCAGGAGGCCAACACCCAGAUCACGCCCUUCAACACCACCAAGAUCGUCAGCACCUUCCACCUCCCACCCGUGCUGUCCGUGAGCGGCGGCGCUCAGGACAACGAGAUCAUGAACACCCACUACGAGCUGAUCAGCACCAUCCACCUGCCCUGGUCCCUGACCAGUGUCAAGGCCAAGGUGCCCAUCAUCAUCACCAGUGCCCCUGUGGACGCAGACAGCUGUCGAUUGCUGGAGGGGGCGGUGUUGCCCAAGAGCCCAGAUGGAUCGUCAGAUUUAAAUGCACAAACAAAUACAUAUUAAAAGCUUUAUCAGACUCUAA